UGCCCCCAUGUUCGCUGUUCAUGAAAUUCACGCCGAGAAAUAAAAAAAGAAUUAUUUGAUAAGCGACUGCGACAAUCCACAGACACCGAAGCUUGCGAUUUAAGAAAUAGUUGAAUGAAAUUAUGCAACCACUCUUCCAACGGAUUAAUCUUUCGUUGACUGCAAAUAAGCACAGGGAGACAGGACAGCGAUAAGAAAGCAAGCAGAUAAGAGCGACGACGUGGAUUUCCCAUCAAAAUACCUUAACCUAAUUAUGCUUUUUGCCCUCUGGAUCAAGCCCUGUCCUGUCAGUAUCAAUUCUCACAACUGGAUGCCAAACAGGACAGCGAUUUUCAGCCUUUCCAUCUGUAUUUGAAGUCGCUUGAAGUUUUUCGUCAUUGUAUUCUAAUGGAGUGUUCAUUGAAAGCAGGUAGAAUCAAUUUGGGAGCAGGAAUUUACCCUCCAGGGGGAUCUGUGAAAUAUCAUGGCCAGAGAUCGCUGCAAAUUGUGGCCCUCGGCUCCGCCUCUGGCGCGCCGAUGGAAAUUACGAACCCUAGCGAUCGUACGGCGAUGGAAGCGGCGGGUAAAGGUAGGGAGGGUUUGGGGAAAGGAGAAUGCAAUCUGCUCCGUAAAAACCCGUGGUGGACUCCAAUCUUUAAAUUUGGUAAAGCCGAGGAUUUGCAGAGCGGAAAUGGUAGUGUGGCGGCUGCGGCGGCGGCUGCGGCGGCGGAGAGCGACGGCAGGGCGCGGAGAACAACGGUGUUUACAGAGGAGAAGGCGAGGGCUUUACGAAGAGAGCUGCGGGAAACAGAAACAUGGCACGAUCUCAUGUACCAUUCCGCCAUUGCCUCGCGCUUGGCCAUCUCUGACUAGGAUUCUUCUGCUUGAAGAUGUGUAUUCCCUUUGCAAAUCUCCACAACCUGUAAAUAAAUCUUUUGUGAUUUUGUUUCAGAUGUCUAUGAAGGGUUUUGUAAUUUUUCUGCUUGUUGAUUUUAAAGAAGAGGGAUCUUUUGCAGUCCUCUGUGUGGCUUAGCCGUCUCUGACCAGGAUUCUGCUUGAAGAUUUGUAUUCCCUUUGCAAAUCUCCACAACCUGUAAAAAAAUCUUUUGUGAUUUUGUUUCAGAUGUCUAUUAAGGGUUUUGUAAUUUUUCUACUUGUUGAUUUUAAAGAAGAGGGAUGUUUUGCAGUCCUCUGUGUGUUCAAAAUCAGUAUCAGCCGUGACGCGAGCAUGGCGUAUUAUGAUAUCCUGUAUUUUGUCUCUGUGUGUAAUUUCCUGUUUUCGUCUCUGCUUGAAAAGCGACUGUAAAUACUCUGUUAAUUUCGAAGGAAUCCGUCGGAUUCUGGUCUGUCUCAGUUACCGUCAAAUUGUUUGUUAAAUAUAUUUCUACAAUUUAUUGUUC